CAUUUUCUCGAAUUCUCCUUCGGAUACCAAUUUAUGCUCAUCUUUAUCUCAAAGUUUCUUGCAUUUUCUCGAAUUUUCCCUCGAAUACCUAUUUAUUCUCACGAAGCAAACGCAAUCCAUCUCAGAUUUUACUUAUUAAAGUUAACGAGAACAUUUUCUGAUACUGUUGUUUACAGAGGCGUUUUGAGCUUCAUUAAUGGCGGCCAAGACAGGAGGAAAGGCCAUUGGGAUCGACCUCGGCACAACGUACAGUUGUGUGGGCGUUUGGCAAAACGAUCGAGUCGAGAUUAUACCUAAUGAUCAAGGAAAUCGAACGACUCCAUCGUACGUUGCUUUUACUGACACCGAGCGGCUAAUCGGCGAUGCAGCGAAGAACCAGGUGGCGAUGAACCCGCAGAACACCGUCUUCGACGCCAAGCGGCUCAUCGGCCGGCGAUUCUCUGAUCCGUCGGUCCAGGGCGACAUGAAGCUCUGGCCCUUCAAGGUCGUGCCCGGGCCGGGGGACAAGCCGAUGAUUGUCGUCACCUACAAAGGCGAGCAGAAACAGUUCUCCGCUGAAGAGAUAUCGAGCAUGGUCUUGACGAAGAUGAGGGAAAUCGCGGAGGCUUUCCUAGGCCAAACCAUCAAGAACGCCGUGGUCACAGUACCGGCUUACUUCAACGAUUCCCAGCGGCAGGCCACGAAGGAUGCAGGCGCCAUCGCCGCCCUGAACGUGAUGAGAAUCAUCAAUGAGCCGACGGCCGCGGCUAUAGCUUACGGACUGGACAAGAAGGCGUCGAGAAAAGGCGAGCAAAACGUGUUGAUCUUCGAUCUCGGCGGUGGGACGUUUGAUGUUUCGCUGCUGACGAUAGAAGAGGGGAUUUUCGAAGUGAAGGCCACGGCCGGAGAUACUCACCUCGGCGGCGAGGACUUCGAUAACCGCCUCGUUAACCAUUUUGUUGCAGAAUUCAGGAGGAAGACCAAGAAGGAUAUUAGCGGAAACGCUAGAGCUUUGAGGAGAUUAAGAACCGCUUGUGAGAGGGCGAAGAGGACUCUGUCGUCGACGACGCAGACGACAAUCGAGAUCGAUUCUCUGUAUGAAGGAGUUGAUUUUUAUGCGACAAUUACCAGGGCGAGAUUUGAAGAACUGAACAUGGAUUUGUUCAGGAGGUGUAUGGAACCGGUGGAGAAGUGCCUGAGAGAUGCGAAGAUCGACAAGAGCCAGGUCCACGAAGUGGUUUUAGUCGGAGGAUCGACGAGAAUUCCCAAAGUGCAGCAGCUAUUGCAGGAUUUCUUCAACGGGAAGGAGCUCUGCAAGAGCAUAAACCCCGACGAGGCGGUGGCAUACGGCGCCGCCGUGCAGGCGGCGAUUCUUAGCGGCGAAGGCAACGAGAAGGUGCAGGACUUGUUGCUGCUGGAUGUGACUCCGCUAAGUCUCGGCCUGGAGACCGCCGGCGGUGUCAUGACGGUUUUGAUUCCGAGAAACACUACCAUUCCCACCAAGAAGGAGCAGAUUUUCUCGACCUAUUCGGAUAACCAGCCUGGAGUCCUAAUUCAGGUCUACGAAGGGGAAAGAGCCAGGACCAAGGAUAACAAUCUGCUCGGAAAGUUCGAGCUAACUGGAAUUCCGCCGGCGCCGAGAGGCGUGCCGCAGAUCAACGUCUGCUUCGACAUCGACGCGAACGGAAUCCUGAACGUGACGGCGGAGGACAAAACCGCCGGCGUGAAGAACAAGAUCACGAUCACGAACGACAAGGGGAGGCUGAGCAAGGAGGAGAUCGAGAAAAUGGUGCAGGACGCGGAGAAGUUCAAGGCGGAGGACGAGGAGGUGAAGAAGAAGGUGGAGGCGAAGAACUCGCUGGAGAACUACGCGUACAACAUGAGGAACACAGUCAAGGACGAGAAGUUCGCCGGAAAGCUGAACCCGGCGGACAAGGAGAAGAUCGAGAAGGCGGUGAACGAGACCGUGGAGUGGCUGGAGGGGAACCAGCUGGCGGAGGUUGAUGAGUUUGAGGACAAGUUGAAGGAGUUGGAAGGGCUCUGCAACCCGAUCAUUGCCAAGAUGUACCAGGGCGGCGCCGGCGGCGACAUGCCUAUGGAUGACGACGUGUCCGGCGGUUCCGGUGGUGCCGGGCCUAAGAUUGAAGAGGUUGACUAGACUUGAGUGCCGCUGCCUGGGCUCUCUGCUUUGAUGUUCUGUACAAAAUGAGAUAAAAUGGUAGUAUAAGAGACAUGAGAUAGUUGCAAGAAAAUAUGAGCUUGGAAUAAAACUUUGGUCUUUCGAUUCAA